AUGACUUCUAAUCUCAACCAUUGUGUUAAUGAAUCAAAGCCAAUCCACUUUUUCAAAAUCAUGCUCCCCGAAACCAUUUUGCAAGGAAAGCUGAGGAUUCCUGGAAAGUUUGUGAGGGAACAUGGAAAAUGCUUGUCCAACACAAUGUUUCUUAAGCUUCCAAAUGGUGCUGAAUGGGAAGUGAAUUUGGAGAAACGUGAUGGUAGCAUUUGGUUUCACCAUGGUUGGAAAGAGUUUGCGGAAUAUCAUUCUCUAGCACAUGGGCAUUUAUUGGUUUUCAGGUAUGAUGGAAGAUCCUAUUUUCAUGUACUCAUCUUUGGUGUGAGUGCAAUGGAGAUAGAUUACCCUUCUGUGAACAAGGUUGAUCGUAAAAGAGCCAACAAUUGUGAAGUUGAACAACAUAUUUUGAUGAAUCCCAAUGAAGGGAAGAGAAAAAUUGAGCAUCAUACUAAAAGGUCACCCAUAAGAAAUCGUGAUGCUCAUGAAGCUGCCGGCCCUGCUGAUUCUUGCAUGCUAACAAUAAAAAGAAGCCACUGCAUGAGCCUGCCAAGAGGAUCACUCAAGGGCUAUGUGAAACCUGGAGCACAAAAUGUUACACUGCUGGUUGGGGACAAAGAAUGGAAGGUUAAUAUGAUCUAUUACCCACGCAAAUCUUCUACUUGGCUUUCUGCAGGUUGGCCAGUAUUUGCAAGGGAAAACAACUUAAAAGUAGGAGAUGUCUGCUUGUUCAAGGUAGUAAAAGGUAGCGGUGACAUGGUGGUGAAGGUUUCCAUACGUCAUAAGAAAGGAAUGUCAUAA